UGUCCGCUGGCUACGGGCAAACAUGAUCGUUUGCUAACUUACGAGUGCGCGGUCCGAAAUACGAAUUGGAAUUUCGAAUUAUAUCACGUCGCGUAAAAAAGUAUGUGUGCGUGGUUUUGACUUUAGUUUUUUUUUUGGGUUUUAUGGCGUGGCGUGUGCGGUGUUUGGCGCGACACAGAUGAAGUAUACCAGUCAAAGCCUAUUAUGACUUAACCCGGAAACCACUGGAAAAUGACGUGCCCAUUCCGCCGUGCGUCGUCGCAGCAUCAGUUCGCGAACGGAGCCGGCUCUGGCGGCAAACGGCCGGAGUUCCGGUCACGGCAGUCGUCCGUACACCUGCCCGGACCGGAUGAGGAGGAUCACGGAGAGAGGAACACGUUGACAUUAAGGAACUUAAGCGAGGCGCUUCAGCUGCUGACUGCGCCGUCGAACGAGUGCCUCCAUGCGGCUGUGUCGUCGCUCACAAAGAACCAAGCGGAAUACCAUGAAAAAUAUAAUUGUUUACGGAGAUUGCCUGAUGACGUGAGGACGUGUAGAAAUUAUGCAUAUUUACAAGAGAUAUAUGAUGCUGUACGGGCGACUGAUAAUGUUAACACCAAAGAUUUUAUGGCGAAACUAGGCGAAUAUUUAAUUUUAACGGCAUUUUCACACAAUUGCCGAUUAGAGAGAGCUUUUAAAUGUUUAGGCACCAAUUUAACUGAAUUUCUGGCCACACUAGACAGCGUGCACGAUGUAUUACACGACCAGGAUGAUGCACUCAAAAACGAAACAGUGGAGUACGAAGCGGCAUUCGUGUGCACAACGUCGCAAGAGGGCAAGAUCGAGCUACACCUAACGACAGAAAGUGAGCCUGUCGCUUACUUACUGGUCGGCAGCCUUAAGAUGAUAGCCAAGAGGCUGUAUGACACCCAAACUGAUAUAAGACUGAGAAGCUAUACAAACGACCCUAGGAGAUUUAAAUAUGAAAUAAACGCCGUACCAUUAAAACAGAUAUCGAACGAUGAAAGUAGUGAAUCGGAACAAGAGACUGUGUCAUUAGCGUCUUCGAGUAAAGCCACUGAUCUCAAAAUUGGUGUUGCCAGCUUUUGCAAGGCUUUCCCGUGGCAUUUUGUGACGGACAAACGACUGGAGAUGGUGCAGUUGGGUGGCGGGUUCAUGCGUCUCUUCGGGACAUACCUGGCGACCCACGGCUCAUCACUCGGCACUUACUUCAGACUGCUCCGGCCCAGAGGGGUCCCCCUGGACUUCCGCGAGAUAUUGAAACGCGUCAACACACCGUUCAAUUUUUGCUUGAAAUUGCCUGGAUCCGCUUCAUUGGCUGACGGUUUAGAGCUCAAGGGCCAGAUGGUGUUUUGUUCAGAGUCAGAUUCCCUCCUGUUUGUCGGAUCUCCGUUCCUGGACGGACUCGAGGGACUGACAGGAAGGGGACUGUUUAUAUCCGACAUCCCGCUGCAUGAUGCUACCAGAGACGUGAUCUUGGUCGGGGAACAGGCGAGAGCGCAAGACGGUCUACGAAGAAGAAUGGAUAAGCUCAAGAACUCAAUAGAAGAAGCUAGCAAAGCUGUCGAUAAAGAGCGAGAGAAGAAUGUUAGUCUUCUGCAUUUGAUAUUUCCGCCUCACAUCGCUAAAAGACUGUGGUUGGGUGAGAAGAUUGAAGCCAAGAGCCACGAUGACGUCACAAUGUUGUUCAGCGACAUCGUGGGGUUCACGUCCAUCUGCGCCACAGCCACGCCGAUGAUGGUGAUCGCCAUGUUGGAGGACCUUUACAGCAUUUUUGACGUUUUCUGCGAGCUCCUGGACGUCUAUAAGGUGGAGACAAUAGGUGACGCAUACUGCGUCGCGAGCGGCCUUCACCGGAAGAUAGACACGCAUGCUCCGCAAAUCGCAUGGAUGGCACUACGCAUGGUUGAGACAUGCGCACAACAUUUAACUCACGAAGGAAACCCGAUUAAGAUGCGCAUCGGACUCCAUACGGGCACGGUCCUAGCCGGAGUGGUGGGCAAGACCAUGCUGAAGUAUUGCCUGUUCGGGCACAACGUCACGUUGGCCAAUAAGUUCGAGUCAGGUUCGGAGCCGCUGAUGAUCAACGUUAGUCCUACCACUUACGAGUGGCUAAUAAAAUUCCCCGGUUUCGAGAUGGAGCCAAGGGACCGCUCGUGCCUCCCGAAUUCGUUCCCCAAGGACAUACCUGGCACAUGCUAUUUCCUGCACAAGUACACCCAUCGCGGCACAGACCCGAUAGCGCCUCAGGUUAAACAUAUAGAAGACGCAUUGAGAGAUUUUGGCAUCGGACAAGAUAAAUCAAACGUCGAAGUUGACAGUGACGAACCCACUUAGUCGUUAUAAAAUCCUGAUGAUAAUUUGAAAUUAUAUCCUUCAAUUUGCUACCAACAUAAAUUUAAGCGAGACACUGUUAACACUGUAAAUACUUAUCUUAAUUGCUUUGUAAACUGUUGAUUUAAAAACUUUGUUCAUCAAAAUUUUUGCAAAGUUGAAGUACUCUUAAAAGUUAAGCACCGCUUUCGUUUUGUAUACAUCAUUUGAAUAGAAUAGAAGGAUAUAAUUGCAGCUACUACUAUUUGUUGUUGUAACAACGGGGUGUAUUACAUUUUUUUAUUAAAUGCCUCACUAAUGAUAUUAUGAUCUCUAUCAAUAAAGAUAUUAAUGAUGUAACAAUUUUUACUCACAAAGUUACAGGUUUGUUAAUUGAUGUCCCUUAAACUUUUCUUCUUAGUGAAUGUGAUGUUGUACUUAAAUCUAAUGUACAUAAAAGUACGAAACUGAAUACGAAACUCUAUUAGAUAAUUAAUAGUGAUCUAUGUAAAGCUUUACGACAUUGUUUAUAAGAGAAUGUAAAUAAAGUUGAAUCUGGGAUAAUUACGACUUACAUAGCUGUAAUGCAAUUUGCUGUAUUUAAAUAUAGUGUUGAAGCAGCAAAGUUGAGAUAAUUACUUUUCAGUAUAAUCACUUAGUAAGGUAACGUAAAAAUAAUCUCACUAACAACAGUAGUUCAUUUCUAGUAAACAAAAACGCUUUACUAAGUCCUUUUAAUAUUUUUUACAAAAAUAUUCAACUAAAAACUUUCGUUGUUAGUAACUGUUGAAGUAAUCAACUCAAAAAUCAGCUGCCAUAGAGUACGUAAGCAUAAAGGAUAUGUAGAUAUAAAGACAUUAAGUCAACAUUUUGCACCCCUAUUACUAUUUACAGACUGAAACGCCCAUUGUUUCCGUAUGUGCAAUUAGGUACAUUGUCAGUUUUUGACAGUUUAACACUCAUUUAUUGUAUUAACUUUUUGAAUGUACUAAAUGGUUUUUAAAAGGAUUUAAUAUUGCCUCUGCAAGAUUUUAUUUUGUGAAAACAUCUCAAUUUAAAUAUUGUGGUGUAAUAACUUUUAUUGAAUGGAUCACUAAGGCGAAAGUCGACAUUUACUGGAGAUUCAGUCAAAUUCAGUUUGUUGGAUUAGUUAUGUUGAAAUUUCGUUUCCUGAAUUCUGGAUACAUUGUUGUUAUUUAUUACUCAUUAAUAACUUUAGUAAUUGGUUUAAACACGCAUUUCUCAGGCCCACUUGCAGCAAAUUUGCUUAAGCUCGAUUCAACAAAAACUUGAUUUGAACCAUAAAAAAAUGUCUAAACGCCAAUGUCAAUUUAUCGUUUAGUCUUGUAUGGGACGAAUCUAGUUUUAGUGAAAUUGAGAUGUUACAACAUUUCUGCAAGUGGAAGUAUGAAUCGUUAUUAUAACAUUGUUAAUGAAACAAUAGAUUUUAAAAAUUGAAAGUUUUACGUUCAUGUAGAUCAAACAUACUGUCUACUAUGUAAUAUAGGUACAGAAUGCUAUAAAAUUAUUAAGUCGACAUUCCUUUACUUCUGUUUCAACAGAAACUGUGCAUUCAGUGGAAACUAAAACAUUGCUUGUAACUUUGAAAUCGGAGAAAUUUAUAUAGUUGUAUGUAUGUACAAUAGGUGUAUGCUAUUUAGGUAAUACUUUGAGCGAUAAAUGUACUCAUAGCGCAAUAUAUAUAUACUUUUCCAGAACUAUCUAUAGGAUAAGCCUUUCAUGGUAAGAUCUUUUUACUAUACACACGAAAAAGCGUAAGUUCUAAAGUAGUUAAUAUGCCUACUGGAGUAAAUUAAAUAGAUUAGACUAUUGUAAGAAGCUUCAUUGCAACUUUUAAAAAUGCUUCAGGUUUUUUUCCUUUAUUGCAAGAAUAAAGUGGCUGGUGUUUACAAUAGUGUAAAUAUAGUAAUGGCUUAGUAUAUACUCGUUACCCUUGUCUUGUUUGAAUUCUCCGUUGGAAGAAGGAAAACCGCUUUCCCGUCCUGUCAGUUAAAAUUUUAAAAAUGCGAGCCAAAUUAGCCUCAUUAUUCUCCAAGCAACUUCACCUUGCAAUGCCUUUUUUCUUAAAUUAAUAUAAACUUUACAAUCUGUUUCACGUUAGAAUCUCUCUUAGUUUUACCCACGCCGCAGAACUCAUUACAAUAAAUUAGCAAGUAAAAUAAAAGAUAAACGACGGGAUGGGAUGAACAUUUGAAAUCUGUGUUAUUUGGGAAGAGGUGGGGGCGACUAUUGUCUGGUGUUCGUGGUAGAAUUUUAUUGCAUACGAUUGUUGACCAAACGUUUGCUUUUUUUUAUUUUAUGCCUGGUGAUAAGGCUUGAUGGAGGGUACUUUAUGACAUUUAACCUUUUUUAUUUUUCCCAAGAAUCUAUUUCGGACACACAACCUUUAAUUUUUAAAACUAAAAGAGAUGAAACGGUAAGUAGGCACACAUUUCUUAAUAUAUGUAUUUUUUUAUAAUCACAUUAAAAAUAUGCUAAGCACUCUAUUACAUAUCCUUUUAUCAUUUCGGGAACAUUACAAUAUAUGCCUUGCGUAUAUCAAGGUUUCAGUUACGUAUUUUUACUACUACCAGGCCUAUAAAUACGUCAAAGUCCUAAUUUUAAGGCUUAAUCUCACAGUGGUCCAAAUAUAGUCAAAAACUAACUUUACUAGUUUUGUCAUUCAAAAAUGAUAAUAAUUGAUUAAAUUAAUUCACAAAUUUGAAUGAUUUUCAUAAAAUAGUAAAUGGUCACCUAAAAAUACAAGUCGUAACUUAAAGAUUAGGUUAAGCUACCAAUUGUGUUUUUAAAGAUUUACAAAUUUAUUAUACACGCUUGAGCAAAAAUUAAUGUCUAUAGUCCGUAAUUUCUGAUCGAAAUAGAAGAUAAAUAUGUUAACAUAGUGAUAAAUAUUGUUUACUUAAAAUCAUAGUGAAUUCCAGACAACUAUUAAGUAUUUUACAAAAAAAAGGAAUUGAGUUCACAAUUUCAGAGUAAUAAUAAUAAAAAAUAAAAUAAAAAUGGCAUUUGACACAGACUUAAAUUUAUUAUGUUUAAAUUGUGUU